UUGAUAAAUAGGGCUAACAUUUGAUAACACUGAUUUGAUUUUAGUAUAAAAUGCGCAGUCUCCUAAUGUAGGUUACACUAAUAAUUAUAGUACUCUAUUGUAAACCAAUCAUGAAAGCCUUAGCAGUGUUGGCUGCGUGUAUAGCCUUGUGCGCUUCAAGCGCCAUCCCGGAGAUUCCCGGAGACAACAGCCACUACGUGGAGGGGGAGAGCCGCUACAUCUGGAUGCCGGACGGCGAGGGCGUCCCACGCCUGGUGGACCUGGAAGCGGAGGACUUCGGUCUGGACGUUAGCAGGCGGGGGGCCAAUAAUGAAUAUCUGCUAUUUACAAGAAACAACCCUGAUGUUCCGCAAGUCUUGGUGGAUGGCAACAUCGACAGCAUUGAGAACUCCAACUUUGUGAAGGGAAACCCUAUCAAAGUGAUCGCACACGGCUUCCAAAACAACAGGAACAGUGAAGUCUGCACCACUGUUACUAAAGCCUUCCUCUCGGCUGGCGACUACAACGUGAUCGUGCUGGAGUGGAGGAGCGGCCAAGUCAACUACCCGACCGCCUCCAACGGCGUGGUCUCCGUGGGGAAGUACCUGGGCAACUUCCUCGUGUGGCUGGUCGAGGAGACUGGGGCCAGCUGGGAUGAUGUGCACCUUGUGGGCUUCAGUCUUGGCGCUCACGUGGUCGGCAAUGCUGGACGCACCACCGGCGGCAGAGUCGCUAGGAUUACUGGUCUGGACCCGGCCGGUCCCCGUUUCGGAAACAACCGCAACGCUCUGAACAAGAACGACGCAGUGUACGUGGAAGCGAUCCACACUGACGGCGGCCGCCUGGGCAUCUUUGACUCCAUCGCUGACGCUGACUUCUACCCUAACGGAGGGCGGAACCCUCAGCCCGGCUGCUGGGUCAGCACCUGCUCGCACGGACGCGCCUACGAGCUGUUCGCUUCCACCGUGAGGUUCAACCACCUGGAGGGGAAGCAGUGCCCUUCGACUAGUGAGGCUCAGAAGGUGAAGUGCAACGGGCCGGCUCUGCUGAUGGGCAACACUGACUUGAGCAAGCGAGGAAGCGGUAUCUACGCGCUACUCACGUCGAAGAAAUAUCCGUUUGAGCUUUAAAAAUUAUUUUUUUAAUGAACCGUAUUCUCAUGUUGUGAUCAAAGUUAUACCAAGUAUUAUUAAUAUCGAAUUUUAAAUAAAGAUUCCUUUUAUAAAUA